UGCGUGUCCGAUAUACCUACUCACACGUCCCUCGAUGUAUAGAAGAUGGCGGAGUCUCCACAUCAAACUCGCUAUCAGAGAUGGUGUUCCCUGACGAUAGCCUUCCUCUAUAGCCGCAAUGCCCUGAUCGUCAUCAGCGUCCUCGUCCUCAUGGACUGUCUGUGUGUCCUCGGACAGAUGAUGGUCGAACUCCACGGCAUGAGGAUUCGAUUUGAACUUGAGGAGGAUAACAUUCAGCUGUUUGAAAAUCACCUGGAAAAGGCCUCAGCCAACGGAACGUCCCUUGGCAUAGGAAGUGUCAGUGACAUCGUGCUCUUCUUGCGAAACAACAUGGACGUCAUUUUAAAUGAUCGCUGCUCUAGUUAUUGUGAUCGCCAACAUUUAACUUCUGUUCUUGGUGAUAAGAGCAUAGCCAACGUUGAUUUACAAGUACUUAGUGAUGAUCCCUCACCGACAAACCAGCCCUGUAGAGAUGGCCUCACCCCGACAAACCAGCCCUGUAGAGAUGACCUCUCCCCGACAAACCAGCCCUGUAUUGCAUCUAACCAUUUAUGGAUCCAGUUUAAUGAGGGAACCGAGGAACUAUUUGUUGUCGGUGAAAUAGAUCUGAAUUUCAAGCGUCUAGUGGAGCACGAAUCGCACGGAAAUUUGGCAGAUAUAUACAGCGUCACCUCAACUAUCAAUAUAGUUGGAAUAAUCAUCGAAGCGGUGAUGUUCGUGGAGGUUUCGGUGAGAACAGUUUGCAGAGGAAGAUAUUUCUACAGAAGGAAAUUCGAGGUGUUCGAUACCAUCAUUGUAGUUGUGGUAUUUUGGGUUGAUAUAGGGUUCCUCUGUGGCAACUGGAGCGAGAGGUCCACCGAUGCUACAACCAUCCUUAUUCUACUGUUACCAUGGAGAUUCGUCCGUGUCAUCUUUAGUAUGAUCACCGCUAUAACCAACAAACACCAAAUACAGACGCAGCAGCUGAAGACUGAUAAACGGUUGACUGAUGAGAGGCUAGCCCACGCGCGAAGUCUCGUGCUGCAGAUGGAAAAAGAUGCAGAAUCGUUAACAUUGCUUUGUAAGCGAAAGGGAGCAACCAGAACCGACAUCGACUCUUGUUACUGUAAGACAACUAUUGCAGCGGUGUCCACGUUUGCAUCUACAAUGUUGCUGAUUAGCGCUCCUGCUUUGAGCGAAUCAAACUUCUACCACCAGGGGUCACGUGGUCAUCUGUUCCGGAAGGUGUUUGGUGUAGCAGAUGAUGUUUUUCGUGAAGAGAACAAUAACAACAUAGCUACGCCUGAGGAAGUCGUGGAGUCUGACAUCCCCCGGACCCUUCGACGCGCGGGUCCGAGGGUAGUGAAUGUCACGCCCCCACAUUCCUAUCAAUCUUUGGGGGAGCUUGGUCCUAGGGUAAGUGUGGUGGAGCCAUGCCGGAGACUGCUCUCUGUUGACGAAUCCAGCACAGCAGAACCAUCCGAAACCGGGUCUCUAAUAUCAGAGAAAAGCGACCAACAUGAAGAGGCGACGUAUUUGUGAUUGGUGGAGUAAGACCUCGUGGACACAAAUCUUUGUAAAUAACGGAAAAAGACCAAGUGCAUGGCAUCUGCAUAUGACGAGAAGGGACCUCAAGUUCAUCGAUUGCUUUUGUUUGUAUUUUUCUCUUCAAAUUUAUUUUUGUAAUAAACUUCAUUUCAAAAACUUUA